AUGGGAAACCCCAACAAGCAGACCCUCAUGUUCUGCUUGGCUCAGGCAUGCCCCCAAGGGAAUCAUGAGGCCCCCUCCCCAACCUUCAGCACCUUCCAGCCCAUGAACUUGACUCAGGGGAGAUGCCAGGACUUGGGUUGGGGGAGCAAGCUCAGCAUGCAGGCUCUGAAGGAGCAGGAGGUUCAGCUCAAGCCCAGGGCCACCCACACUAUGGCUUCUGCCUCAGCCCCAGGAGCUGCCUGGGUCCUGGGGAAGACUGACAAGGAGGAAGAGGUACCUGGGAAAGGUGGCCUGUCAUUGCAAGCUGAGACCAGAGCCUGGGUCCAGAAGACCCAGGCCCACUGGCUCUUGUUCAGGACUGCCCCAGUUUGGUUCCAUGGCUUCAUCACCAGGAGGGAAGCUGAGAGGCUGCUGCAGCCCCAGCCUCAAGGAUGCUAUCUGGUGCGCUUCAGCGAGAGCGCCGUGACCUUCGUCCUUUCCUACAGGAGCCGGACCUGCUGCCGUCACUUCCUCCUUGCCCAGCUAGGGGAUGGGCGUCACAUGGUGCUGGGCGAAGACAGUGCCCACGCGCAGCUUCAGGAUCUGCUUCAACACUACACAGCGUGUCCCCUCAGUCCCUAUGGGGAGAUGCUCACCCAGCCCCUUGCCCGUCAGACUGCUGAGCCGACUGGACUUUCCCUGAGGACCGAAUCAGACUCUGGAAACAAAAGACAGGAGAAUGCAGACAGCCAGCACAGCCUGCUCAUCCACCAGGGGCAGACCCAGACCCCAGCACAAAAAGAGAAAGUGUGGGCCUCCCAACCCAAGGAGACUUCACCAGCACCCAGACCCAGGCCUCCCAUCCCGGCCAAGCCUCAGCUUCCAUCUGAACUCUAUGCAAGUCCUGCUUCACGACCCCAACGGGCUCUACCCAUUAAUCCCAUCUACCAGGAGCCUGAUGAACCCAUAGCCUUCUACGCCAUGGGGCGGGGCAGCCCUGGAGAAGCCCCUAGUAAUAUCUAUGCUGAGGUAGAGGGGCCAUCUGGAACAGCUUCCACUGGGCACCCCGUCCUCCGGAAGUGCUGGUCCAGGCCCAUCUCAGGAGGCCAGGCAAAGAGAGUACAAGGGAAGAAAAGCUCAAGAAGGCCAGCAGAAAGAGGAAGCUCCUCCUAA